CGUCCCAUUUGAAUUAAGAAAGUCAUACCAUACUCAGACAUACUCGCUUCUCGCAGACUUCCUUCGUCUGAUCGUGCUGAGAGAAUUUAUUUGUUCAAUUUAACUAUAUAAUAAUGUUUCCAUUACAAUUAGUUUAUUUUAUUAUUUUCAUCAGCUCAACAUUGUCAAGACACGUUCCGAGGUACGCCGAUCUGGAUGAAGAAGACCAACAUUUGUUCAGAGCGGCCUACGACACGCCCUCCUACGACCACGACGAAUAUGAGGAGUCAGACGACCUCGGCAAGCUGGACUUGGUCAAAGACGGUCUUUGGGCUCUCAAGGCGAAGAUAAAGGAGCUGAAGGCUUUCGACAAAGCACUGGCGGCUAAUGUGCUGGCGACAAAACUGAAACUAAAAGAUUUGAUUAAAGGCGGGUUAAUACUCAAGAAACAUCAUCACGUGGAUUAUGAUAAGAAGAAACCUUAUUAUCAGGCACCACCAUCCUACCAGCAAUACGAGCCAGCCUACCACGCGCCCGCUCCCGAGUACCACGCGCUCCCACAAGAAUAUGCCCACGACCCCUAUUAUGGGCAUUAAAUUCAUUUCUUUACACAUCAACAGCUAUAUAUUGUAUAGUGAUCGAUUAACUCCUAUUAUGUUUUUUCUUUGAAAAUAUAAAAUGUUGAAGUGAUCUUAUAUUAAGUAUCUAUGUAAAAAUGUAAAGUAGUAACUAUUAAUUUAUAAAUAUUUCCUAAUUAAAUGUAUUUUUGCAAA